CCUCCUCACAAGAAGCCUCAUCACGGCCACAGCCCCCACCGCAAGUUCGAGAACGAGACCUUGUUGCAUGUCGUCAAGCACUCACCGUACCACAGCAAGUUCUGGUCCUACAUCGAGGAUGACAAUGAUAUUGUCGACCUCUUGAACACCACCAAGGCUAACGUCACUAUCUUUGCUCCCAACAACAGAGCGUUCGAGAAGGCCGAGAAGCACCACAAUGUCACCAAGGAGUUCGUCCGUGACGUUUUCUACUACCACCUUCUUCCCGGGUUUUACCCUGCUGGACGUGUCCUUGGCUCCAAGACAUUGCCUACUGCUUUUGAGGAGGAAGACCUCGGCGAUGAGAACCACCAGCGCAUUCGCGUCUCUCUUGGGUUCGGCGGGUUGAAAUUGAACUUCUAUGCUAAGAUCAAGUACGUCGACGUCUUCGCCAAGAACGGUGUGCUUCACUCCAUCGACGCUGUCCUCGUUCCUCCUCCCCGCCUUUUGGACACCCUCGAGACUGUUCCCGGAGAGUACUCUACUUUCGUCGGCGCGCUCUACAAGACUGGAUACGAGCACCUGGUCAACUCUUCCGAGUCUCAUGGUUUGACCGUCUUUGCUCCCAGCAACAAGGCUUUCCAGAGACUUGGCUUCAGGGUGAACCGCUUCUUGUUCUCCGACCGUGGAAGGCCUUUCUUAAAGAAGCUCAUUGAGUACCACAUUUCUCCCAACAGCACUCUUUACACGGACGCUCUGCUUGAGCAGGACAGGCUCAUUGAGGAAGCUAUUGCUGCCGCCUCUAACGAUGAGACGAAGCCUGAGGAUGGACCUAAGGAUCACCACGGUCACUUCCCUCCUCCUCCUAAGCACUACCAUGUUAAUCUUCCUACUCUUCUCUCCAACCAUUCCUUGUCUAUUGACAUCUUCAAGUUUGGUCCCGUUGUCGACUUCAAGAUUAACGGACAGAGCAAGCUUGUCGUCCCUGACGUGUUGGGUAAGAAUGGUGUCGUGCAGACAUUGGGCUUCCCCAUCAUCCCACCCCGUAAGGUUCCCGGAGGAAACGCUGGCGUGGAGUUCGUCAAUGAGGAGCAAGUUGACGAUGAAGACAUGGAGAUGGAUGUGGAGGAGUUCAAGGCUUUGUUUGAGUAG